UUGUAGCGUAUCGGCAUGGAAUCGCUGCCAAAUAUUAAUCCCCCGGGCCGGCGUCAGCGGAACAUCGCCCAAGGCGUCGAAGCGAACUACCGUCAACCCGACCGCGGAGAACCGGUAGUGGGCCGGAACAACAAGUCCGACAACCAGCCAUACACAGCAUCUGUGUUAUCACCGCUACACUUGGACUUGUCCGAUAAGCCUAAAAACGGGUCGUCGGAAAUACGGAAACCCAUAGUUGCCAGGCAUGGGGAUCAGGGGGGUCGCGAACGGGACAAUUUUGUCAAUAAAACACAAAUUGAUGUGACAGCUCCCAUUAAUGAUUCACUCGAAUUAAAAUACGCAAGCAAUGGACCUGCUGUAAGAUAUGCAGAUACAUUUACUGCUGAUGAAGUAGCGAGUCACCACUUCAAAUCGCCUAACUUCUUUGGUGCGGAAAGCUCGACUUUACUAGGAACUAUUGAAUCAACGACACCGGUGAAAUCAAGGGCAAACUCUACGUCUUCGACAGGCAAGGAGAGGCGUAGUUCUUCGAGAUUAUCCAGAGAAGAGGAAUCUUUGGGUAGGUCCCGAUUGCUAAAAGCCCCGGAGUCGCUAAGGACCAGGCAUCGUGGGUUCAGUCCGAGGAGAGAUCGGGGCAUUUUAGACGGAGUACUGACUCGCAAGGAACGGCAAACGGUACGUAGCCUCAUCAGUCCGCCUCUAGUGAACCAUCUCUCGCCCAAAGACGUCUGGGAUGAAGCCCAAGGCAAUCGAAGACGUAGUCGUUCUGAUGUUAGGUACGAUGCCUUACCAGUGCUCGAUAAUGGUGAGAUUGACGCACAGUCGUAUCGAUUAGUCCCGUCACCAGUACACAAACCCAAACAUGACCAGCACAGCAAUGCUCAUCGGUUCAACGAUCUCGAGUUUAACUUUUCUCUCCAGGAUGGAACGAGUAAAUCCAACGAUACGCUUUACCCUCUUUCGGAGGAGCACGAACACGGUAAAAGUCAUCAUAAAUUGAACAAACACCACUCCAAGGAGGCUGACCACUUCGCAAGGCACGUUCACAUUCUCAGAUCUACUACUGAACCGUUCAAGAACCACCUCGAAGACAGAACAAGUCAUCAACUGCAUAACGCAGCGCGGCAACAUCGUCGCAACGCCAUCACGCACAUCAUGGACAGUUUUACCGAACGCUCGCGUUCCGGAUCCGACUCGUUCCGCGGGGAUCGUAACGCGACCGUUUUGGACGACACGUUUCAACGCGUCCGCCCUCGACGAGACACGUGCGCCGUCAACCCCGGGGCACUCACCCUACGUUUUAAGCAAGGCUUUAAGGACGUCUUGAACAUUCCCAAGAGACGCAGGGCCUAUACAGAUAUAUCUUUUACUGACAAGACCCCAGUGAAGGCUCCUGCUGCUAGAAGGCUCUCCAUUAACUCGCAACAGCGGUUGAUACGCGCACAAAUGGCUCGUCAGAGGUUUGCUCACGCCAUCAAAAUGGUGAUAAUCCUGCUCCGUAUACAUUCCAUGGUCUUCCAAAAGCGGCGCAAACACGAAAAUAACAACAAGGAGUCCAUGACCUUCACGGAAAUUGCAGAGCAGUUUGAGUCUUCGGAGAUGAAGAGCUCUGGACUCUCGUUUGACCCACGAGAUUUCAAGGCAAAACGAGAGAUCAAUAUAAGCAACGAGGCGAAAAACAUAUUGAACAUGCCCAGCUGUAGCAGAACGACGGAGCAACUGCAAACCGCACUUUACGGCUUACAGACUAUGAAGUCCUUCGCUGAAUAUCCUCUACACAUGCAAGAGAAACUAGUCAAAGUCGCCUGGUUCGAAUGUGUUCCUCCCAAACGAGUGAUCAUUCGCCAGGGACACUACGCUGAAAACUUCUACUUUGUCAUCUCAGGUUCAGUGGUCGUAACCAUCAUGGAGACCAAGGCCGACACGGGCGAGCCUCACAUCCGCACGGCAGCCGUCCUACGCAAGGGAAGCAGCUUCGGUGAGCUAGCUCUCCUACAUCAUUCCAAGCGGACUGCUACCGUGUCCAGCCAGGGGGAGGUACAACUGCUUGCCAUCGGUAGGGAAGACUUCUUCGACAUCUUCAUGAGAGGGCAACAGCCGGGGGAGGAGCCUGAACAUGUCAAGUACUUGAGGCAACUCAGUUUCAUGAAGCAUUGGCCAGUGGAGCGGCUGAUUGAGCAUCCAGAGAUGUGUCUCUUCCAUUUCUACAAACGUGGGCAAGUCAUUGUCAAGGACAGCAAUAAGUCGGAUUGGAUAUACAUCGUCAAAUCGGGUUCAUGUCAAGUCCUGAAGCAGCUGAAUGCAGUCAAACCUACCCAGCCCCACCGAGCCAGCUCACUCAGUUCCAUCAGACUACCCAAGCUACACGCAAGACACUUAUCAGCGCCCGAGUUGCCCACGAAGCGACCGAUGAGGACGCGGAUACGUAACCACAGUGCCACGGCGUCUUACCUGCAGUUCAUCACUGUACCAACAAUGUCCUCGGUCAAUGUGUCAACGGCCAUGGACAUGGACCACAACCUAUUAGAGAACGAUCCGUUUGAAGGCACUCGAUCUCUACCAGACACCUUCCUGACUCGCCAGAGGACCGCCAUGGAUUACAGGAGCGCGCCCUCAGAGUCCAACUUCAGCCAGGUCACUUUCGAGGACUCCUCUGUGAUAAGUCUGCCAAGGAUCAACGGUAGGCGGGGAGCCACGCCCUCCAGGGAGAGCUUCUCCAGGAGCAAGUUCAGGGAGAUCGCCAGGAGGAACCCACAGCCUCCUGCUGAAAGAAUGCCCUUCGCACCCCAAGUGACGGUAACAGACGAUCACACAAGCAGCGACUCCUCCUCAUCAACCGAGUCUCGAGGAUCCGUCUUCGUCCAGAUUGAACUCCUCCUUCCAAAAGAUGUCUUUGGUCUUUCAACUCUGGGUGUCGAUCUGGGAAUCGACCAUGAACAGUCAAGUGUCAAUCUGGUGAGCAGGGGUGCCGAAUGCAUCAUGAUACAGAAGGACUUCUUCGCCAAGUAUUGCACGGAGGAAGUCAAGCAUCAUAUCCGCUCUCUCAUCAAGCCUUACCCGCCUCCGGAGCUGCUCCAACACAAUCUCCAGAACCACUCCAACUGGACCAACUACAAGCAAGAGGCUGUGGCUAGUAUACUGAGAGACAGAUCCAAGACUAAAGAGUUGAGACUCUAAUAAAGGGGCACUAGUUACUCUGAACUGGACCCUAUGUCAUUGAGCUACUAAGUAUCGCUUGGAAAGUUGAAGAGCCCGAAACGAUCUGAUAUAAACCAGUCGCAAGCUGUAUGCACACGGUGUGAAAUAUUGCCCAGUAACUCGAAGGCUGAAAAGUCGACUAUGGUUUGAUCAAGGAAUAUGACUGCACCAUUUCUAUGUUGCUGGAUCCAUCUCUGCCUAACAGAGUACAGAUUAAUAAUAAUGAUGGAAUGUUACACAAUUUGACGACAAAUUAUGUAUAACCAAAUGACAAUCGAAAGGCCGAAGUUCGGUUGCAUAGAACACACUACACAGUGUGUUCUGCAACUUCUCACUUUUAGCUCAAUCCGAAAGAAAAAAAAAACGAAGUUGAGUUAUAUAGUUUGUCACGGCUAUGUUUUAUUUGAUUUUAAAUCUAGAUUAUUAUAAAAAGUGCAAUAUGUAAUAAAGAUUUUACAAAUGCAACUCUUACAUAUAAAUGUAAUAUAUAUAUACUAUUUUCACAUUAAAAUAACAAUUCAGCUGA